CUGGAAAGAAAGGUUUGAUGGAUAAGAUAUAUAUGGUGCAGGAAGUAGUGCUGGUUGUCCAGAACGUUUUGGAGGAAAUCGCAAACAUCGGAGAGAGAAUCAAGAACAUAUUCAACUGGUCUGUCCCAUUCCUGUCGUGCAUGGCCUUCCUGAUGCUGUUUGUGACAACAGCACUGUUGUAUUAUAUCCCUCUUCGAUAUAUCGUGCUGAUAUGGGGCGUUAAGAAAUUUACCAAGAGGCUGCUCAACCCACAUACUAUUGACAAUAAUGAAAUACUGGAUUUCCUCAAGAGGGUGCCUUCUGAUGUUCAAAAGGUGCAGCACAGCGCGAUCAGAGCGCCCACCAGCCAGAACCAGCCGCGGAAGAAAAGGUAAGCUUGGCGGACACGCUGGAUGAAAGGCUGCUCUUCUUUUUGAAUACGGUACAACGCGGCCCACCUGACAACAAUGCCUCAGUGCCAGCAGAGCCUGUGACCCUGAGCCCCUCCCCCCCACACCACCCUAACUCUGCCCCCUGCUGCUGAGGGGCAGCCGGCCGCUCUCUGGCUUGUGUGUUUGCCACCCCCCUGACAGAGGCUGUGAACUGCAGCAGCGAGGAGGCCAGCACAUGGCGCUGUCAAUCACAAGCCUGGAGGUAAAGAAAAGAGAGCGCUGCGAGGCUGAGCCUUCAUCUUCGGAUAUCAUUUAGAAAAGGAAUGAAAAGCGUCGGGCUCGGCUUACCUUAGACCUCCACUGUUUUUUUUGGGACUUUGGUGAAACUAAGAAAUAUGCCUUCAGGUUAAGUUAAUAUGGGCCUAGCAGUUUAUCAAAAACAAUCCAUGGAUUUUUUUCUUUAACCAUGUUAAUAUACAGUAAUUAAAGGACAUUUUGUAAAAGAUUUUUUAAAUAAUCAUCAAAAUAAUAUGUUUAAUGGCACAUUAAAAAUAUUAGGACAGAGUACUGAAUUUUACUUUUUUUUUGUGGUAUGGAUUUCCUGUAUAUAAUAUAUUGCUUUCUUAAUUCUCUCUUUGAACCAAAUAUAUAUUUAUGUAGUGCAAGUGUAUUAUUACCAGCUGCCUUUAUGUGUAUAUAUUUUUACUGAGUAUAUGUCUGCAUCAUCAAAUGGAGAAUUAGCAGAAAUACUGAAUAAAGAG